AUGAUGCACCACAAGGAAAACAAUAUGUUUGAGAAGGACCUGAGCUCCACUGAGCCCUACCAGCGAGACAGCUUUGCUCAUUUCCUUCACUACUGGGCGAUGUUCUGGCGUCUUACGAUUGUCUUGCCUCUCUGGGCAAGUCGCAGACAGCAGUGGAAAACAUGCAGAGAUUGCGUCCUUGGUUUAUUCAUCUGGGUCUCCGCUCAGCUGUUACUGAGGCAGAGCGGUCACGGUAUUUACGCGUUCUACCAGUUCACUCUGCCCGCAAUUAUUUCAAGUUUUGCGCUCAUGUUUGGGAAUUGGUCUCAGCACAUGUUCGUCCAUCCUCUGGUGGCAGAUUGCGACGAUCUUCUCUCUUCCUACAGGUACAACUGCGCCCUUACCCUGAACGUGUUCAACCACUUUGACAAUCAGGUGGCAUUCAACGACGGCUACCACAUAACCCACCACGUCCACCCGUCUUGUCACUGGACGGAGUUGCCGUUCUUGUUCUUGAAGAACCUCGAGAAGUAUGCCGAGCACGACCCCGUUGUCUUUGACCGCUGCGGCUUCUUUGACAUCGGCUUGAACUUUCUCAUCCGGAAGUCGUUCGACCCAGAUGGUGCGUGGAGGUGGGCGGCCGAGCACCUCGUGAGCUUCGGGCCCGAGAAGCGGUCCGUCGCGGAGGCGAGAGCGUUCCUGGAGGAGCGCCUGAGGCCCAUUCCGGAGCGGACGGCAGAGAAAGCGCCGAAGUAG